CCUGGACACCGGCCGGCGGGGCCCGGCGCCCAGCCCUGGAGCGCCUGGGGCCGCGGCGGGCGGGCGGCAGGGCGGGGCCGGGGGCGGGGCGGGCGGCCGGGCCCCGGGCUCCUCCCCUCUCCGCGGGCCCAGUCGCCCUUUGGCCGGGCAAGCUGCUCACCGCGGCCCAAUGACGACGAGGCCCUACCCUUCCCGCCCAGGACCCAGAGAGACGAUCGAGGGGGAGCCCGAGGCGGCCUCACUGCUGUCGCCGACACCGCGGCUGCAGCCACAGCUCCCCGGCUCCACGGAGACGCCAGCUCGCCUUAGACUUCCCCAGCGCCCGGCCCUCCGGGACGGCACCUAACAACAACCGUUGCCCGCAUCAGGACUUGGCUGGCGAGAUACUUUGUACCAGCAGGCUCGAGGCCCGGGACCAUCGAGGUGGUGGGGACCCAGGAUCCAGGGAACAUGGGAACCGGAGUCCUAGCCUCGGAGCAGACCGGCUGUGCCAAAGGGCAUCCACAAGAUACUGAAGGCACUGAGGGUAUGCAGGUUACAGACUGCGAGAGCCCUGAGGACAGUCGACCCCAAAAUGAGCCUGGCUACUGCGAUCCAGAGGACUCUGGGCAGCUGAUGGCUUCCUAUGAGGGUAAAGCUAAGGGCUACCAGGUGCCUCCCUUUGGCUGGCGCAUCUGCCUGGCUCAUGAGUUUGCAGAGAAGAGGAAACCCUUUCAUGCCAACAACAUCUCCCUAAGCAACCUGAUAAAGCAUCUGGGCAUGGGCAUGAGGUACUUGCAGUGGUGGUACCAGAAGACCCAGGUAGAGAAGAAGACACCUUUCAUCGACUUCAUGAAUUGUGUACCCCUGAGACAGAUCUACGGUUGUCCCUUGGGUGGUAUCGGGGGAGGCACUAUCACACGUGGCUGGAGAGGCCAGUUCUGUCGUUGGCAACUUAAUCCUGGAAUGUACCAGCACCGGACAGUCAUCGCUGACCAAUUCACAGUGUGCUUGCGUCGGGAAGGGCAGACUGUAUACCAGCAAGUCCUAUCCGUGGAGCGCCCAAGGGUCCUGCGCAGCUGGAACUGGGGCCUGUGUGGGUACUUUGCAUUCUACCAUGCCCUCUAUCCCCGAGCUUGGACUGUCUAUCAGCUUCCUGGCCAGAAUGUCACCCUUACCUGCCGCCAGAUCACACCCAUCUUGCCCCAUGACUACCAGGACAGCAGCCUGCCUGUUGGAGUCUUUGUGUGGGACGUGGAGAAUGAAGGAGAUGAAGCCCUAGAUGUUUCCAUCAUGUUCUCCAUGCGGAAUGGCCUGGGGGAUGGAGAUGAUGCCCCAGGGGGUUUGUGGAACGAGCCCUUCUGUCUGGAGCAGGAUGGGGAGACCACACAGGGGCUGCUGCUGCACCAUCCAACCCUCCCAAAUCCCUACACGAUGGCUGUGGCUGCACGACUUACGGCAGAUACCACGGUAACCCACAUCACAGCCUUUGACCCUGACAGCACUGGGCAGCAGGUGUGGCAGGAUCUACUUCAGGAUGGACAGCUGGACUCCCCCGCUGGCCCAAGCACUCCUACGCAGAAAGGGGUAGGCAUUGCUGGGGCUGUGUGUGUUGCUGGCAAGCUGUCACCUCGAGGCCGGUGCCGCCUGGAGUUCUCACUGGCUUGGGACAUGCCCAGAAUCAUGUUUGGAGCUAAGGGCCAGGACUACUACAGGAGGUACACAAGGUUCUUUGGCCCUGAUGGUGAUGCAGCACCCGCCCUUAGUCACUAUGCACUGUGCCGGUAUGCAGACUGGGAAGAGAGGAUCUCGGCUUGGCAAAGCCCUAUAUUGGACGACAGAUCCUUGCCUGCCUGGUACAAAUCUGCACUGUUCAAUGAACUAUAUUUCCUGGCCGACGGAGGCACAGUAUGGCUGGAAGUUCCUGAGGACUCCCUACCAGAGGAGCUGGCGGGGAGCAUGUGUCAGCUCCGCCCCAUCCUACAAGAGUAUGGCCGAUUUGGCUACCUUGAAGGCCAAGAAUAUCGCAUGUACAACACAUAUGAUGUCCACUUUUACGCUUCCUUCGCCCUCAUCAUGCUCUGGCCCAAACUAGAGCUCAGCCUGCAGUAUGACAUGGGCCUGCCCUCCAUUUGUGUGUCUGCUCCCCCAGCUCUGGCCACUCUUGGGGAGGACCUGACAAGGCGACGGUACCUGAUGAGUGGGGUGAUGGCACCUGUGAAAAAGCGGAAUGUCAUCCCCCAUGAUAUUGGGGACCCAGAUGAUGAGCCAUGGCUCCGGGUCAAUGCGUAUUUGAUCCAUGACACUGCUGACUGGAAGGACCUGAACUUGAAGUUUGUGCUACAGAUUUAUCGGGACUAUUACCUGACGGGUGACCAGGGCUUCCUGAGAGACAUGUGGCCUGUGUGUCUGGCUGUGAUGGAGUCUGAAAUGAAGUUUGACAAGGACCAAGAUGGACUCAUUGAGAAUGGAGGCUACGCAGAUCAGACCUAUGAUGGAUGGGUCACCACAGGCCCCAGUGCUUACUGUGGAGGACUGUGGCUGGCAGCUGUGGCUGUGAUGGUCCAGAUGGCUGCUCUGUGUGGGGCACAGGACGUCCAGGACAGGUUUUCUUCCAUCCUCAGCCGGGGCCAAGAAGCAUAUGAGAGACUGCUGUGGAAUGGCCGCUAUUACAACUAUGAUUGCAGCUCUCAGCCUCAGUCUCGUAGCAUCAUGUCUGACCAGUGUGCUGGCCAGUGGUUCCUGAGGGCCUGUGGCCUCGGAGAAGGAGACACUGAGGUAUUUCCUACCCGACACAUAGUCCGUGCUCUCCAGACUAUCUUUGAGCUCAAUGUCCAGGCCUUUGCAGGAGGGGCCAUGGGGGCUGUGAAUGGGAUGCAGCCCCAUGGUGUCCCUGAUAGAACCAGUGUCCAGUCUGAUGAAGUCUGGGUGGGUGUGGUCUACGGGCUGGCAGCCACCAUGAUCCAGGAGGGCCUGACUUGGGAGGGCUUCCGGACAGCAGAAGGCUGCUACCGUACCGUGUGGGAGCGCCUGGGCCUGGCCUUCCAGACUCCUGAGGCCUACUGCCAGCAGCAGGUGUUCCGCUCGCUGGCCUACAUGCGGCCACUGAGCAUCUGGGCUAUGCAGCUGGCCCUGCAGCAGCAGCAGCAUAAAAAAGCCUCCAGGCCAACAGCCAAACAGGGCACAGGACUAAGCACAGGGCCUACAUGUGGACCAAAGGAAGCCAUGGCAAACCUGAGCCUAGAGUGAGCUCUCUGAACUAUAAGAGGGAGGCUCUAACAGUCCAGCCUCCAGCCUGGCCUUCCCUCCUUCUCCCUCACCAAGUCUCCUGCAUCCCUGAGCCACCAGGACAAUCACAUCCCUUCCCUUCUCCCCACCCACCUGCACCAGUAAAGAGGGACUGAGAUUGCCCAAGGCAUCAGGAUCACUUAUUUAUUUCUUUCCUCACCCCUUCCCCUCAUCGCAUGAAAUCUUCAGGGAGGUCAGUGGAUUCCCCCAGGCCCGUUCAUAGGGUGAUAGACACAUAUGGGUACAAAUAAAAGACCCCAAAAGCCA